AUGGCUCGGAUCAGAGUGACGGCAAUCGACCCCGACUACCAGUCCGACGACCCAGCCGUUGAUUCGGCUGAUCCUAUAAACCAAGAACAAGUCGAGGAACCGGCUGAGAUGGGUCUUAAUGAAGAGGUUCCACAAAAUUCUCCAAGUGUACCAAGCACACCGGGUGACAGUAUCUUGGAUAGCUCUGGUUCCAACGCUGAGGAAUCCGGAGAGGUGUCCGGAGAGGGAUCUGGUGAAGAAUCCGGAGGGGGAGUCGGAGAGGGAUCUGGUGAAAUAUCCGGGGAAGGGACAGCUGAUAAUGGGGAGUCCGAAGAAGCAAAAAGAAUGGUGCCGCCAGAGAAGACUCCGGCUACCUCUGCCAUCCUCUUGAGGAAGAAGCAGCUAGAGGAGAAGAAGGCGGCGAUGGCCGCCAAAAAUGCCGGGGCUGGGAGCCAAGUCAUACCUCUUUCUGUAGCGAGUAUGCAAAAAAGACCGGCUGGGAUUAUUCCCAAGCCUGCCGCCAAAGUGCCUAGGGUGGAGGCUCCUGCCCCGGCUGCUGGGCAGAAAGAGAAGACGCCUGACAAGGACAGGCCGACAACUGCAGGGAAGAGCCUGCAAUUUUCUCCCCACUUUGAAAUGGUGGUGGAGUCAGCAAGAUCGGAUGCUCGUACUCUGACGGGCUCCGAUACAACCUCCUGCCGUCCAAACUACCAGCAGUAUGCUAAGAGGAUGGUCAAGACCAUCACUCGGUCUGAGAGAGAAGCUGUGUCGGCUGUGCACAGGGUCAAUCUUGACCGGAUUACUUCUCUCCUUCCUGAGACGCUGCUGAGCGUUGAUGGGCUUAGCGUCCCUCUUCGCAAGAAGCAGGAGGAGGUAAGAGACGCUCAGAAGCGCGCAUCUGAGCUUAUUGACGUUUGCCAAUUCAAUGCCAUUUCAUAUGACUUGGAAACUGAACAACGGAAGUUGCAACAGGAGGAACUGCUGAAGAAGGCGGCUGCGGCUGGGGAGGCGGCCUUGAAGAGAGUUGAUGAGCUUGAGCUCCAGGUCAAAAAUCUUCAAACUGACCUUAAAGCCCGGGAGAAUGCUGAUAAGGAAAAUGUCAAUCUCCUAAAGGACAACAGCCGGCUGGUAGCUGAACUUGCCAACAAUCAGGCGGCUGAUAAGAAAGAGCUGGAACAGGAACAACUCCGCCUAAUUGCUGAAAAUGAGGCCGACUGCGAAGAACGAAUGAAGCUCGCUUGGAGCCUGAUCCACCCGGAUUUCGAGUACGAAUAA